AUGACUUCCCAGAAAGCAAAGUAUACAUCACACCCGCAACACACAGAAUUCUUAAGCUUCAUUCUGAAACAAUUGACAAUAUGGAAGAGAAGAUUCAAGAUUGUCAGCAACGGAGACUCUCAUUCAGUUUUUGUACGGCCAAAGGCUUAUGUUGGCAGUUCAGGAACAACUUGGGCCAGUGAAACUAUGGACCUUAUAGCCAUGUAUCCAAAUGAUUAUGAGGUUGACAACUCUGACAUCAAUGAUCACCCCACUUAUUCAACAAGCUUAAGGAAGUUCUUCCAUGCUAUUAAAAACUACCUCCAGCAAUUCAAGCACAUGACAACUGCUGAAGACCUGAACUGUGUCUCAGGAUUGACAACCGAAUGUAAGUUUGCGGCUUAUAACGAAGUGCGUUUGAAACACCUUGUCGAAAAUAUAACAAAUCUCUUCUGUUUUUGGAAAACUGUACACUCUGCGAUGCAGAACGAAACUUUACCACGUCGCGGUUUGUUCCUUCAGUAGUGAGCAUAACUGACAAAGCGAGGCAGCUGAUCAUCGUGCUUCAAACUGAUGUUGAAAAAGAGUUUUUAAACGAAGCCUACGAGUCAUUGCUAUCGAAUGUUAAGCAGUUACUUUCACAAAUUUCUGAACUUAAGCUCCCUAUAAUAAAACCACGAUGGCUAGACUUAACCGAUGCUGGCCCAGGAGUGGCAGUUUCCAAUGGUGAUGUACGUUUUCAUGAUGCAGAAAUGGCCAUGUUCCUGGGAUCUGACUGGCGAUGUCGAUGUCACCGAGCUAGGGGCAACAGCUGUCAAAAUGAGGCUGAACGAACUAACAGUGCUUUGGGAGAUGCUAUUGCAGAUGGAGGAACAAUAUAA